GACCAUCUAGCAUAGGAACAGGGGCUUCAGACGGUUAAACGUUGCUUUACACGCCUUCUAAUCUUUGUUUUUGUGGGCAAUUAUAUGUUUUACAUUUUUUUAAACGCUGCGACCAUUUUGAAAGGACUGCCAACCAAGACAAACGAGUGUAUUAAGUAUCAGAGAAGAGCACGCGGCGGGCCGGACGGCAGUAAAUGAGAGCUGUGCCUGAAUGCCACAUUUGUAGAUACCAGAAGUUGCCUUCAUUCACUGAUUCUGGUUCAGACUUCUGCCCAUGAUAAACUCACAAGCAUAACAAGUCAUCAGCCUCGCUGUCACACUUCCACGAUGACUGAACCGGACCAGAACGAGGCAGAGGACAUGUACGUGGAGCACCAGUACAUGUGCAGCGAGUGCCAGCAGCUUUUCAGCACCCUGGAGGAGGUGCUGAUCCACCAGCAGAUCCACACCACCCAGGAAGCUGAUGGUGAGGGAGCGGAGAUCCAGACUGCCCCAGACUUCAGUCAGAGUCAGCACUACCAGUGUCUGGAGUGUGGGAGCCUGCUUGUUAAUGCAGAGGAGCUGCUGCAGCAUCAGGAGAUGCACAUGAGGGAGGCUGGGAUGGAGGUUGAGCAACAAGUGGAGUCUGAGGUCCUGGAGACAGAGGAGGCCACCUCGGAGGCUCAGGUCCACGGACCGGUUCAGUACCAGUGCCUGGACUGUCUGGCUCUGUUUGAUUCCCCUGACACCUGGUUGGAGCACCGCCGAACACAUAGCAGGAGCAGCACACACAGCAACACGACGGCGGCUGAGUACAUGGUGCAGGCGGACGGCUCUAUCACUCCUAUCAACAUGCAAAAAUUUGUGCUGAGUGAGCAGCAGGCUGGAGAAAUCCUGGCACAGGUUCUUUCACAACAGCAGGGACAGCAGCAGCAGCAACAACAGAAGAAACGUAGGUCUACCCCCAAAUCGGCCGGGGCGUCCCGCUCCUACCUGCUGCCCCCUGUGACCCCGACUCCUGGCUCUGCCACCAUGCACCUGCAGAUCCUCACAGCUCAAGCUCUGGCUGAAGGCUCCUCCAUCUCCAGCCAGCAUCGCUCCAAGCAGCCCCCUCUGCUCUCUGCUCUGGGUCAGAGCUCUACUGCAAAGCUGGAGGUUCUGGAGAAUGGCGUUCAAAGACUGGAGUUAAGACUGGCCCCCAGUGAGAGCCAGCAGCAGCAGUCCACUGAGAUGGUGCUCGUUCACCCUUAUGAAUGCUCGGAGUGCUCCCUACUUUUCAGCACGCCAGAGGACUUCCUCCAGCACCAGGGGGAGCACUUCCUGGGCCAGGACAAAGAGAGCGGUGGGCCGGGGGUCAUGAUCGGAAUAGAGGAGAUGCGAGGGAGGGAGGAGGCUGCAGAAAAGCUACAGGAUCUGAAGAACAGGGCAGUAGAGUAUAAAACACUAGCUGUGGGCAAACCCCUACGCUGCGAGCUCUGCAACCGCACCUUCACCUCUGUCAACCGGCUCACAGCUCACAGGCGUGUGCACGAGCAAGGGACACACGAGUGUCCGGAGUGUGGAAAAGUCUUCAAGAAAGCCCUUUCACUGCAGACGCACAUGCGCGCACAUUCAGGAGUUGCACGGUAUCUGUGUGUGGACUGUGGGAAUGGAUUCACUACUGAGAUGACGCUCGUCAUGCACAGAAAGAUACACGUUGCAGAUCCAUUUCACAAGUGCCAGAUCUGCCACAAAACGUUCACCAACAUGACUAAAUACCUCUACCAUCGUCGGACCCACCUCUGCCAGGAUUUAGCUCCGGUGGCUGCUCAGAUCUUUGUGGCUUCACCUCCACAAAGAGCAUCUGCUACUGCGCUGGAGAUCCUGCAGAGAGCAAGAGAGAAGAAGAAAUGCCAAAGUGAAGAAAGAGGCAUCAACCAGAAAGACCCUCCCACAGAGGAGGAGGAGCCUGAACCACAGCGGGAACCACAGCCGGGGUCUCAGCGCCCUGUGAAAGCAGGUGGAGAAGGGGAGGAACAGGAUGACGGCAGGAAGCAGGAGUCCGAAGCAGUUGAAGGAAAUGUUGAUGAGCAGCAGGAGGUUGUUAUGGAAGGAGCCACGAUCUCCAUUUCUCCAGAUGAAGCUACGUCCACUUCAGGCUCUGCAGCCUCAGGGGAAGCCCCCUCCUCGGCAGACAAAGGCUCCUUUUGUUGUCGUUUGUGUUCGAAAACGUUUCCUUCCCAGCUGCUGCUUGCUCACCACCGUAGUAAAUCCCACGCGUCACAGCGCAGAUUUGUAUGCGGCGUAUGUGGGAAGUCCUUCAAGAAACAGAUUCAUGUGCAGAACCACAUGCGCAUACACACAGGGGAGAAGCCCUUCCAGUGUUCGGACUGCGGUAAAACCUUCUCCUUGUUGGCCAAUUUGAUGCGUCACACCCUCAUCCAUUCUGGGGUUCGCCCGUACCGCUGUGAUGUGUGUUAUCGCUCCUUUUCCCAAUCUUCCAACCUCCGCCAGCACAGCCUGCUGCACUCAAGCGCCCCAAAACUUACCUGUCCAGAAUGCCCCGCCACAUUUCGCUGGCCCAACAAACUUGCGGCGCACCGCUUUACUCAGCAUCCUGGAGCUCCGGCUCCUUUUCCCUGUCCUCAUUGUGAAGCCGGCUUCCUGACCAAAAGUCGGAGGGAAAGUCAUUGUGUGGAGCAGCACCCCACGCUGGUCCAGGCUCCAGAGAACACGGAGGUCCACAACCCCUCAGAACCCUCUACUUCAACAACAGUGGUAGAGUCAGGAGAUGCAGCCAGUUUGGUUAAAGGAGCCUUGGACUGUAACAUCUGUGGGAGAAAGCUUAACUCUCUUUCUAACCUGCGGCUUCACAGACUGAGCCACUUCGUUCCGGGCCGUGCGCGCCCACAGCGCACCCAAGGAAAGCGUCCCAAAGCUCACCAGUGUCCCAUCUGCGGCAAACUGUUUGUGUCGUCCUCUGCGGUCGUGCUCCACCAGCGCGUCCACACCGGCGAGCGCCCGUUCCCCUGCCAGGUCUGCGGAAAGCGCUUCCGUCAGAACACGCACCUGCGAGAGCACCUGCGCACCCACUCUGGCGAGCGGCCUUUCCGCUGUGAGAUCUGCGGAAAAGGUUUCAUCCAGAGCAUGCACCUGACAGAGCACCGCAGGACGCACACGGGCGAGCGGCCGCACGUUUGCCAGCUGUGCGGCAAAGCCUUCAAGACCUUCUCCAACCUGAGGAAUCACAAAAAGACCCACGCGAGGCAGCAGAGACUGGACGAGGAGGCGGCCGCUGCAGAGGCCAGCAGCACGGCAGUGGCAGUGGUGGAUACGUCAUUGAUGGACCUGGCUAACGGGCAAACUCAGCUGAUCCAGAUCCAGACCUCAGAUCUGCAGCAGGCACAGGGGACCCCCACCAUCAUGUGUAACGAGUUUGGAGAGACCAUCGCCAUCAUUGAGACCAGCGAGGGCAGCGCUCUUCCUCUGGAGCAGGCGCUGGAGAUCUAUCAAAGAGCUUUGGAGAACGGCCUCACAGCUGGCAGCGUUGUGGAUGGGCUGCAGCUGCUUUGAGGACGUGUCGACCAAACCUGGAUCGUUGCUCAAUAUAAGUCUGAAUACUGACUAACUUACUGCUGUGUGGGGAAACGGGACUCAUGUCAACCACGUGUUUAUAUAAUGAAUAAUAAGACCAAAGUAUGUCAGGUUUGCUCCUUUUUCCUCAAGGGGGGACCACUGUUGAUAUUUUAUGGAAUCGACGCCAUUUAAAUUAAAAAUAUGUUAGAUGUAAAUAUGGAUAAGUGUUUCUGACUGAUUAUAUUUAUAUGACAAUUUUUAUCACAAUGAAAUGGAUGUUUUGUUCUAUUUAAAAAUGUCAAUGUUUUGUUUUAAAUGAGAAAAAUAAAAGU